AGAGGCGCGAGAGGUCCGGCGUCCACACCCAGCGAUGUCAUAACCAUUUUCAGGGAGAGCGAAGUCCUGUGUAUGAAAUGUUGGAUAAACUGCAUUCUGUCUGUUCCCUGCAUGUCAAGUGGACAGAGAAUGCCCCUGGAGCAGUACCCGCACAGCCGCAGCGCCCUGCCCGGCGAGGGCCCGCACGUCUACAAGGUGGGCAUCUAUGGCUGGAGGAAGCGCUGCCUCUACUUCUUCGUCCUGCUCCUCAUGAUCCUCAUCCUGGUGAACCUGGCCAUGACCAUCUGGAUCCUGAAAGUCAUGAACUUCACGAUCGACGGAAUGGGGAAUCUGAGGAUCACAGACAAAGGCCUCAGGCUCGAGGGAGAUUCCGAGUUCUUACAGCCGCUCUACGCCAAAGAAAUCCAGUCUCGACCCGGGAACGCUCUGUACUUCAAGUCGGCCCGUAACGUCACCGUGAACAUCCUCAACGAGCAAACUCGAGUGCUCACGCAGCUCAUCACAGGUCCCAAAGCUGUGGAAGCUUAUGGCCAAAAGUUUGAAGUGAAAACCGUGUCUGGGAAGUUGCUCUUCUCUGCUGACGACGAUGAGGUGGUAGUCGGCGCUGAGCGGUUGCGGGUUUUAGGAGCGGAAGGCACCGUGUUCCCCAAAUCCAUUGAGACACCAAAUGUCAGGGCAGACCCCUUCAAAGAGCUGAGGUUGGAGUCACCCACACGGUCCCUGGUGAUGGAGGCCCCCAAGGGGGUGGAAAUCAACGCCGAGGCCGGCAACCUGGAGGCCACGUGCCGGGCAGAGCUCAGGCUGGAGUCCAAAGACGGAGAGAUCAGGCUGGACGCUGCGAGCAUCAGACUCCCCCGGCUGCCCCACGGGGCCCACGCGCCCGCGGGCGCCCGGCAGAAGGUGUUCGAGAUCUGUGCGUGCGCCAACGGCCGACUCUUCCUGUCGCAGGCGGGCGCCGGCUCCACCUGCCAGACCCACACCAGCGUCUGCCUCUGAGCCCCGGCCCGCCGUCCACCUCCGUGUAC